AUGAUGAAAUCCAAGAACAAGAGCACCACGACGCGGGCCGUCAUCGUCAGCCUAGGAUCCAUAGGAGCUGCUGGAAUAUUCGUCGCAUCAACCCAAUCGUGGCCCAUCGUACUCGCUGUGGCGGUGGCAGCCCCUCUAGCUAUCAUUCUCGUCAGCCAUCGCAAGAAGCGCCCCGUGCAGUGGAAGGGGACGGGUCGGAGGGACGGCGAGAGGGAGGAUGACUACUACCUCAUCGUGCUGGGGUCCGGCGGCCACACAAAGGAGAUGCUCAUGAUGAUGGACGACGGCACCAGCGACUUUGCCGGCCUGCACAGACGCUACGUCGUGUCGAGCGGCGAUUCGACGUCCCUCCACCAGGUCGAGGACUACGAGGCUGACCUGCGGUCCCUGUGCGGAGAGGUGUCGACCGAUCCCGGGUCCUACGACGUCCGCGUCGUCACCCGUGCCAGACGCGUCCGCCAGCCGUUCCUGACGGCGCCCGUCACAGCACUGGCCAGCCUGCGCGACGUCAUCUUCUCCGUGCUCCUCUCGCCCCCGGAAUCUCGGAAAAGCAGCAGCAGCAGUUUACGGUACCCUCGCAUCGUGCUGUCCAACGGGCCGGCUACGGGGUUCCUCGUCGGGCUGGCGGUGCACAUGCUCAAGAUGGUCGGCGUGCUCGGCCGGGACGCGUGCUUCUUCGUCUACAUCGAGUCGUGGGCCCGCAUAUCAUCGCUCAGCCUCACCGGCAAACUGUUCCACUACACGGGCAUAGCGGAUGCCUUGGCCGUACAGCACCAGGCUGUUGCCGACGCGUACGGUCUCGUCAACGCGGGGCCCAUGGUGUUCAAUUCCCGGAGAGCAGUCUGA